UUGUUUAAAUUUUAAUUUUGAAUUUUUUUUAUUUUUAGGUACUUUUAUACUCGAACCUUUUAAAAUUCCGUUAAUUAAAAAUAUGGCUGACGAUAAUCAACAAAUGGCAAUGUCUGCUGUUCCUGCACAUUAUAAUGUUACAAUCCCCUUUGCUAGUGACAUUCCUGGAGGUGUUUUUCCGGGUAAAGCCAUACUUGUGAAAGGUGUUGUUUUGGACUUGGCAAAUGAUCAACGUUUUUCAAUUGAUUUGUGUUGUGGCAAAUUGGUGCAGGGGGAACAUAGAGACGAUAAGGUUUGGUUUAAAGUUAAGAAGGUUUUAGACAUAUGGCAGCAGUGUUGGAUUCGAGAACCGGUCACGAAGAAAUUCAAAAAGCGGUUACAGAACUUCGGAACCGGUUCCAGAGAAAUUUUGGAAGCUUUACAUAUAAAUCCAAGAUUUGAUCGUGGACUGGCACUGUAUAAAUUAUUUAAAAUUUAUUUUAAAUUUUUUUUCAGCUUUUCAAAGCCUGACAGAGAUAUUGUAAUUAAUUCUUUAAUUAAUAAUGUUUGGGGGACAGAGCAGAGAAAUCAAAACAAUCUUGUUUUUGAAAAAUCUUUUUCUAUUAGAAUAUUAAUUUUGAGAGAUUAUUUUAAGAUUUCUGUAAAUGGAAAACAUUUAAAUGAUUUUGUGCAUAGAGUGCCUUUGGAAACUAUUAAAUGUAUUUUUAUUUGUGGAUGUGUUAGUAUUGAUGUUAUUGAAUAUCAGGGAACUAAACCAGGAAGUAUAACUUCUUGUCCAAGUGAAGAUAAUAGUGAUAGUUUAUGUAUAGAAGACGAAACUGGCCCAAUAGAAAUUUUAAAACCGAAUAUUCCUUUUAUUUUUAAAUUAAAUGGUGGAUUUCUUCCUCCACGAGAAAUUUUGUUGAUUUUGACACCUUUAUUAAAUCCAAUAUCUUUUGCAAUUAAUUUGGAGUGUUUAAAUGAUGAAUAUUUGUUCCACAUGAGAAUUGAUUUCCCAACACAAAAUUCUGCUGCUGGGGAUAGGGGCUCCGUUGUUCGAAAUAACACAUCACAAGGAGGUUUAUGGCAAAAAGAAGAACGCCAAAUGAGCCGUUUUCCAUUUUCACCCGGAAGUACAGCCGAUAUAAGAAUUAUUGCUUGUUUAGAAUCCCUUAAAGUAUUAAUUGAUGGUUGCCAUUUUUGUGAAUUUUAUUAUCGUUCUCCCGGUUCUGUACCCACACAAGUGAAUCGUGUAAGUGUGGUUGGUGAUGUUACCUUACAAAAAUUUACUUUGAAAAAAUGA